AUUUAGUAUUCCCUGGAGAAAAAACAAAACGUGGAGUUCUUGAGGGUAAUUCCCGACUGAAUCUGAAGUUUUGGCGGGUAAAUGCACGUCACCUACAGCUGAUGUAGCACUCCCAAGACUUCCCAGAUGAAAAUUGUGAGUAUCUAGAGGACGAUAUCAAAGCGAAAUUAUGGGAGUUACGCUGGAGAGAGUGCAGAAUAAAUUUGCCUGUAUUAUCGGAGAACUCUGCAGUGAGCCAGACAUCUUAUCACAGUUUGCAAUAUGGGUGGAUUUGAGAAUAGCAGAGUACAAGUCCAAAGGUUACAUAUCUUUAGACUGCUCGGGAGAGAAUCCAAACCCCACCUGGCUAAGAGGGUUUAGACCACCGCCUUCUAAUUGCAGCUCAAGGGAGAGAACCCAAGAGAUUCAUGAUAUACCCAGACUUGAUCAAAGACACCGUAGUGGAUCGCAUCAGAAGGUGGAGAUAUCCUGGGACAAGCAGACUUCACCUGUCGUUGUUUCCGACAGACUGUCUCCAGAGAUGGUGAUGAUUAAGCAGGAAAAUGCAGAUGUACAAGAGGUGCACCCUGUCGGUGUGAUUCACACAAACGCCUCGCGUAAGAGAACAGUAACAGGUGGCGAUUCUCGUCUAUUCCCCUCCCCUUCAUCCUCAAACAAAAUCAGACGAACAGACCCCUAUGGGACAAGUGUCGAUCGUUUGUCUGGAGCUGUGUUAGAACCUGUGCAUGAGAGCCUCAUGUCAAUUAUUGGGGGUGGUGAUGCGGAGGACAGGGGUGGGGACAAUAACAGUACCAUUCCUACAUGCACAUAUACGGACUCAACAGCCUCAGGUCAUGCUGACAAUGCUCAAAACAACAGCUCAGUACAUUUGCCCUCAACGUCCUCUGACGUAAUGCCAUCAACAACCAGGGGAGAUAACUCUGCAUCUAGUCAUGUCUCUACAGGUGAUGAUGGUACAUAUAAGCUCGUGUCUAGAACAGAUUCCCUUGACUCUUGUACAUUGUUUGUCAGAGAAACAGAUAUUAUGACAAACACUUCAUCUGACCAUAACAGAAAACCCCAACAUAUCUUGGGCUCAGUAAAUCAUGACACCAAAACUGUUGUUGACCACAAGGGCCCAUCACUAAGGGAAGACACACUACCACAUGGGUCUAGUUCGUUACCGUACAAAGUGACUGAGGAUGGUGAAGGCCGUGGCCGAGUAACACAGUACGAGCACUCAGACAGGGUCAGAAAGGACAUGGUGCAUAAGUGCAGCAACAAAUUCUUGCCCUUUCAUCCAGAUGAAUAUGUGAAAAUUGGAGAUGAUACAGAGCCUCUGUUGUUAAUACCCAAAGAAAGAUAUAUCAUUGCCAGAAAGAAGAAUAGUCCUUCCUUGUUCAUCAAGAAACUGAUUGAUGAGUUCUUUACCACAGAGGAACUCGUGUUCUCUAAUGAGUUCGGCAAUGGAUCUUUAGUUCUCAAGGAUGGGACUAUCAUGCGGAUGCGUCGCCUUGACCCUAGGAAGAUCAAGGCUAUCAAGGAGACCAUGGAAAAAGAAUUUCCGGGACAAAGAAACAAUGCGUCAAAAUUCUUGUCGGAGAAAGCACGGAAGAUGCGAUACUGUUACAGACAAAGGCACAAUAUUUGAGUCCCAGAUUAGUUUCUGCGUUUUUGGUUUGUAUUGUUUGGAAAACACAUUUUAGUCAUACACAGGGCUUUGAAUUCUGAGCUGAGCUAAAAAAAAGAAGUGUUGUUGUUAGGCUUAAAGAGCCGUUCCUCUUAGGGAUGUGUUUCAUUCAUCAGUCUGACUGAUGCAAAUUCAAGGUGAGAUGUCCCUAUAUGUCGGAAGUCAUGCCCAAUCAUGUGGGCUGAAAUGAUUUGAAAACUGGCCUCUAGAUACAUUAUCACCUUAUGUGACAGCACUAGAAUCAAAUAAAAUCUGUCAGCAAUGGUUUUCUCCUCCUCCAGUUGUUUUGGGCUUUUCCACUAACCUUGAGCCCCAUCAGUGACAUAAGGUUCUGGUGACCUCAAUCCAUGACCAUGAAUUUCUGUAAUGACCUUCAGUUCUUCACGUGGCCAUUAGAAAAUGUUUGGAAUGUACCUCAUGCCCUGGGAUCACAAAACAAUCUUGGGCUUGGUCGAAAUUUUAAAUCACUUGAAAAAUUCUUAUUUGUUGUGUAACAAGAUCGAAAUAUUGCUCAACAGUGUAAUUUUUGGGUAAGUUAUUGUAAUACAAAUUUCAGAAAAAAUAACAGAAAGGAACAAACCAAGUUUAAUGAUUGAAAUUUUUACUUGAGUAUAAUGUUGCUUGUUGAUCCCUGGGCCAGGAGACUAAGAUUAUAUAUGUACACUUAAAGCCAAGAUCUCACCACCAGGGCUGUAAAUUUGAGUGUGAAAGCAUAUAAGAUGAUGAGAGAAAUUCAGUCAUUUCCAUGCAGAGUAAAGCCCCACGUAAUUAAUGCAUGUAUAACUUGAUGAUAUGGAAGGAAGGUGAAUCAGGCGUGAAUUGCCCAUCCUGUAGCAAAAUGGGACAAAUUUAACAAAGGUGUUGGGAUGAAAUCCCAAUGUGGCCAAGAAAACAGCUGACGUGCCGAAAUUUCAGCAUCUAUUCUCAUUUCACCAAGUUAGAUAAUGAUAAGUACUGUUCAUUGUGAACGCUGAUAAAUUUGCUGAUUUAAUUGCCAAGAGUUGCUUAUCUUGCACAGAGACCUCUGAAACAUUGUUGAUGUGAUGUUAGUCCAAAGAUUCCUUAGGUCUUUAAGAGGCAUUUCGUACAUAACUUAAAUACCGGCUACGUAUUUGUUAAAAGUCCCCCAAACAUGCAGAAUGUGUCUGCACGAGAAUGUACAGGUCAGUGUGAUUCGUAGAAUACAUGUAUCAACCUUCUGGCUUGUGGUUUUUUUAUCCUGUUGUCCUGUUUUCAAAAUAUCCUGUCUGAGCAUAGCUUAAAAUUUUACAUGUUUUUAUAAACUCAUCUCAUUGUGUAGCCAUAUACAGUAGAUGAAAUGUACUGAGGCCGCUUGUUAAGGGAAGAAAACAUGGAGAAGAACUUUGUUACUUGUUUGUUUUUCUGUUAUUUUAUUCAUUUUUUGUAUCCAGUGAGUGUCAGUGAAAACAAAAAAAGGCUAUAUAAUGGCAUUGAAUUAGAUCCUUAACCUUCUAGUUACAUGACUGUUAUAAGGUAAAGCCUUUAUUGGUAUUUGUGGUCAUUAUUUGUUUUGACCAGUUUUGGAGGGUGAUAAUUUCAUCUGUUAUCUUGCUUUAAUAACACACAUACAGUUUAUACUGUGUUGUGUUCC